CGACGCUGUUUCUCAACAUCUAUUCAGCCAGGAGUUCGAGUCGGGAAAUGUGAAUCCACUCUAGACAGCAGUCGGCGAGCAGAGGAACCAGUAUGGCGGCUACAAGGCGGCUACAGAAGGAACUGGCAGAUAUCCGAAAGUCUGGAAUAAAAUCCUUCAGGGAUAUACAAGUGGAUGAGAGCAAUAUUUUAACAUGGCAAGGACUCAUUGUUCCAGAAAAUCCUCCAUACAAUAAAGGUGCAUUUAAGAUUGAGGUGAAUUUCCCAGCAGAAUAUCCCUUUAAGCCCCCGAAGAUAAACUUCAAGACCAAGAUCUACCACCCAAAUGUUGAUGAGAAGGGCCAGGUGUGUCUCCCCAUCAUUAGUGCUGAAAAUUGGAAACCUGCCACUAAAACAGACCAGGUGAUCGAGGCAUUGAUCAACCUUGUAAAUGAACCGGAACCUGAGCACCCUCUCCGUGCGGACUUGGCAGAGGACUACACAAAGGACCGCAAAAAGUUUAUGAAGAAUGCAGAAGAGUUCACCAAGAAGAAUUCAGAAAAGAGGCCCGCAGACUAACGGGGCUGUUUAUGUGUAGUCUGUGAUUUGCAGAGGCACUUUUCAGGCAGACUUUAUGAGGAAAUGUAUCUUUUAUAGCUUAUGAUAUAUGACAUUUUUUUUUUUUUUUUUUUUUAUCUUUCUCUCUCUCUCUCUGAGAACAAAUAAGGACAUGAAAUUAGCAAUUACUAUUGAUGAUGAUUUUUUUUAUUAUUGAUUAAUUAGUUAUUAUUAUUAUUUAUUUCUUUAUUUUUUACUUAUUUUUUCCUUUUUUUUUCUUUUUUUCUUUUUUCUUCCAUGUUUCUCAAAAGGGAGCAUACAUCUUAGUACAUCCCCUUGACAGUGGAGCCCAUAGUAUGUCUCCCAUCAUCAAAUAAAUGCAUGAACCUUGUGUAAAUUACAAUCUAUGCACUCAUGUUAUGAAAGAAGUAUUAUGAUGAAAGUGUAAAUUUAAGGAACAUUCCAAAGAUUUGAUUUAAAUCCAAAAAUGUGUUUCAUCUUUUUGUUUGUUUUUGUUUUUGUUUUAGUGCCCAUGUAGUUGUGAUAUUGCUCUAGGACCUGAAAGCGAAAAAAAAAACCUGUGUCAAAAGCAUACACUUUCAGACGGCAAAUUUUAUGUUGUUUACCUAGGGGAUUCAGUGGAUAAUUUCCAUAGCAUUCAUAAUUUUUUGUGUAAUUGUGUAAAAGAGGUAAAAUAAAAAAAUAAAAUGCAGGUAGAUGUGUGCUAAGGUGUUUUAGAGAAACAAGGAAAGAGCACCCAGCCCACACAACAGUAAACAGUUAGCUAAGCACAGGGAAGAAAGCUGUGGCCUUUUGUGUUAUGAAUAGCAUUUGCUUCUCCUUGAGGACUGAAACAUAACUUUAUGAUGGCACUUGGAAGGAGUUGCUCAGAGCCUAUGGUUUUGUCGAGCCUACAGUGCCGAAAAUGGAUUUGCUGUGAGGUUAUCCAUUUAUUGGAGGAGUAGAGGAUAUUGGAUAUUUUGCUAGUCUGAAUACAAAAUUAUCUCAACAGUUGAUUAUGCUUGCUGAAGUAUUGGAGUAGAAGUAAUAUUAACAGUAAUGAUAAGUGAUAAGGAUGGUGAUAAUGAUAACGAAUAAAUAAUUCCACUUUCUCUUUAGACUUUGCUUCAUCCUUUUGGGUUAAGGCAUUAGUGAUAGCUUUAUUUUUUAUUAGUUUUUCUCUUAUUACUUUACUGUUUUUAUUAAUUGUUAUUAUUUUUAUUAUUAUUACUAUUAUUAUAUUUUAAUCAUUUUUGCUACUGUUGUGUGUUCUGUUACUGUGAAUAUUACUACUACUAUGCUGAUUCUGUACUAUUACUUUGCAUUUUCACUUUAAAAAAAGAAAAAAAGAAAAAAAAAGAUGCUACUUUAUGCUUGGCACUACAUUAAUGGAGCAAAGAUUUUUUGUUAAAUUCUGAAUAGUUAUGUUUGAUAUCUACUGCUUUUCGUUAAUCAGUUUUGCAUAUGACUUAUUAUCUUAACAUUUAUGUUGCCUUUAUGUCUGAAAAAUUGCUUUUUAUGGUUUAAUAAUUUAGUAUGUUUCAUCAUAUUAAAUAUCUUAUUCAGCUACUAACAGUGUUAACUAAAUUGACAUGAAGUGUACCAGAGAGAAAUUACAAGUAACAGAAAAGAUAAUUUAGGAAGAAAAUUACAUGAAAACAUAUUUGGCUAAUGGGUAACACUGCAACUGCUGAUUCUUAAUUUCUAGCUGAAUUAUAUGCUUGUGCAAAAAAUAGUUUGUUUGGAAAAAAAUUGAUCUUCAUAGAAAGUGCAAACAGAAUGGGUGAAGGAAAUUGUAAUACUUGAAAAUAUAUAUAGUAUAUUCAUGCAUUUGGUCAUCACAUACACCAAAAAAAGUAUUUGGAAACUCAAUAACUAUUAUUUAAAUUAGGGUUGUUUCUCUUGAGCUUUUUAUUUUUUACUUGUAGUUCAUAGUUUUUCUGAUUACAGAAUCUAUUGUCAUCGAAUAAAUAUGAAUUUAGUCUGUCUGAUAGGUGCCCACAGUAUAGCUAUCUAGAAAUGUGUUAGGAUGUUAGAACAUGCUGACUUGUCAGUGAUAUCUUAAGUCACAACUUACAUAAAACAUAUAUCAGGUUUUUGUGUUACUGCAGCACAGACGUGUGGUGUAAGACAGUAUUACUACAGGGUUUUACAUAAAGGAAAACUCAUUUAUACCUGAUGAAAAUGUGAGAUUGAAAUUUGUACUAUGAUUAAGCCACAUUGAAUCUCCAUUUUGUGGCUAGGCCUAAGCCAAAACUUCCAUCUGUUACCCGCAGUGGAUGAUAAGCUUUACAGUUCAGUUAAUGAGUUUAGAUUGGGAUCUGUGCUGAAAUUUUAUAGUUUAGAUUCAAUAUUCAUAAUGCUAUAAAUUCUAAGUUGACUUAUAUAAUGUUAUCAAGCAGAACAUAUUAAUGGACACAUACUGCCAGUUUGCUUGAAUUAAGAAAAAGUUGACUAUUAACCCUCUCUCAAUUGCUGUUAAAAGAGUUAGGUUUAACUAACUAACCAAACAGGCUAGGUGGCAGCCUAUAAACUUUCCCUUCUAUUUAUAAAGAAGUAAAAGAAAAAAUGAUGCAGUUCUCUGUUUCAUGUAGUUCAAAAGCCCUCUGUGAUGGCUUAUGAAAGGGCUUGUACGCAACUUGGUUUAUUUUUCGAUGGAAGGUUACUUUGUUUCAGCCUUUUACUUAUGUAAUACAGUGUGUAUGAGAAGUUUACAUUGUCUGUAUCCAGAAGUACUAGCCUCCCAUA